AUGUUUGAGAUGUCCAAGACAAAGUUCACCACUAAGGAUGGAGUAGUUGCCUUCAGGUUUAGCAUGAUCACCCGAUCCAUGAACUACGACAAGUUCAUUGAUGCCAUCCACAUCCUUCCAGAUGUUGACGCCCAGACGUUGGUUGAGAAGGCCACUCCUAGCAUCAAUUUCGAGGCCUUCUUUAAGAAACUGAGUAUCAAUCCCCUUAUUAGGUGA